GGGUGGUACACGGUGUCAAGAGACCCAAUCCAAACGGUGGGAUUAACCCUUCACAAUCAGCAAACUCCAUGGAUAAACAAUGCGGAAUCCACUCAAGCUUUCCUUCUAUUUAAUCAAUCCCCCUCUUUCCCCUUUGCGUUCUCUCUCUCUCUUUCUUUAUCUUUCAUUCCCACUCUGCGUUUCGUGUAAUCAGCCAUAGCCGGCCGAUUGCACCUCAAGAUCUUGAGAACGAACCCAUUUCAAUCACCCAUCUGUUUCAGUAACAAAUUCUCGGUUACUGAUAACUUAUAUAGUUGUGGGAAGCUUUGGUUGUAUCGAUGAUAGUGUGUGGGGUUAUCUUUUUGAAGUAGCGGUGUCGGUGUCGGUGUCGGUGUCGGUAGACUUUUAGGGUUAGGGUUUUCUGGAAUUGGAUGAGUAAGGUGGUGGUGGUGACAUGCUUUGUUGCGGAAUACAUUUCUGAGGAUUGCGGUUUGGUGAUUCGUAGUCGGGGUAGGUGGGGCAAAUGUGGCUGAUCUUCUUUUUUUAUUUCUGAAUUUCCGCCCAACAACCACCGCGUUACUUUUCUUGUUGAAUUUCCUUUUUGCUUUGUGGUUUUUGAUCUGGUUUUGAUUUCGAGAAACGAGAAAGAGAGUGUUGGAGGAGGUUCACGAUGCAGCAAGAUCGUCGAAGAAAGAGUCCAAAAGACAUUGAGUUCUUCACUGAAUAUGGUGAAUCAAACCGAUACAAAAUCCUGGAGAUUAUAGGAAAGGGAAGCUAUGGAGUCGUUUGUGCAGCCGUUGACACACAGACUGGUGAAAAGGUUGCAAUAAAGAAAAUAACCAACAUUUUUGAACAUUCAUCCGAUGCUAUUCGAAUUUUGCGUGAGAUUAAAUUGCUUAGACUUCUUCGUCAUCCUGAUAUUGUUGAAAUUAAGCGGAUUAUGUUGCCACCAUCAAGACGAGAGUUUAAAGAUAUUUAUGUUGUAUUUGAACUCAUGGAGUCUGAUCUUCACCAAGUCAUAAAAGCCAAUGAUGACUUGACACAUGAACACCAUCGUUUUUUCCUCUAUCAAAUGCUUCGAGCAUUGAAAUAUAUGCAUACAGCAAAUGUGUAUCAUCGAGAUUUAAAACCAAAGAACAUAUUAGCAAAUGCAAAUUGCAAACUCAAGAUAUGCGACUUUGGAUUAGCAAGAGCUGCAUUUACUGAUACACCCACCACAAUAUUUUGGACAGAUUAUGUUGCAACAAGAUGGUAUAGAGCUCCUGAGUUAUGCGGAUCUUUUUAUUCCAAGUAUACCCCUGCUGUUGAUAUAUGGGGAAUCGGAUGUAUAUUUGCUGAAGUAUUAACAGGAAAACCACUUUUUCCUGGAAAAAGUGUUGUUCAUCAAUUGGAACUUAUCACUGAUCUUCUUGGAACACCAUCACCAGAUACCAUUUCUAGAGUGCGCAAUGACAAGGCAAGAAAAUACUUGACUGAUAUGCGUAGAAAGAAAGCAGUCACAUUUUCUGAGAAGUUUCUAGAUGUUGAUCCAUUGGCACUCAGGUUAUUGCAGAGGUUGUUGGCUUUUGAUCCAAAGGAUCGACCAACUGCUGAACAGGCAUUAGCGGAUCCUUACUUCAAGGGACUAUCGAAAGUUGAAAGGGAGCCAUCUUGUCAAUCGUUUUCAAAGUUGGAGUUUGAGUUUGAGAGAAGAAGAGUCACAAAAGAGGAUAUUAGGGAGUUGAUAUUCCGGGAGAUUCUAGAAUAUCAUCCUCAGUUGCUUAAAGAUUACAUGGCUGGAAAUGAUCGAACAAAUUUCAUUUAUCCUAGUGCCAUUGGUCAAUUCAGAAGGCAAUUUGCAUAUUUUGAGGAAAAUAUUGGGAAAAGUGGGCCUGUUAUACCUCCAGAGAGGAAGCAUGUUUCUCUUCCUAGGUCAACGGUUUCUUCAAGUAUGACUGCUCCAAAGCUGCAGCAAUGUUUGGCUGCAUUUGACAAUAAGCCAGUGGUGGAUAACAACAACAUGUCAAAUGGUGGUAGAGUUGCAAUAGAUGCUUCCGGAUACAUCUUUAGUGCUGCUGCUAGACCACCCCCAAGGAUGCCCAAAGGAAGAGUUGUGGGGCCAGUUUUACCAUUGGAGGGUAGGGGGGAGAUGAAGGAUGUGUAUGAUCCAAGGGUAAUGCUUAGAAAUGGUCCGGUUGGUGUUUCUCCACAUUAUGCAUCAUAUAGGGGCAAUAAUGGAAAUCAAGGAAAGAUUCAUGGGGGGCAAGAAGGUGAUAGGGAUUCAUUGUCCUUGAUGAAACAGCAACAGGGGGUCAACAGUAAUCCUUAUUACAACCACGGUCAACAGUCAAAGGGAAUGGAGUCAAAGUUUAUGUCACAGUCACAAUCAGAGUAUGGGGUUGCUGUUGCUACUCAUAGAGAGGUUGGUGUUGUUCAAAUGGGAUUAUCGUAGAGAGCUUUCUUGUUUUUAUUCCUCUUUAUAUUUGGGGUGUUUAGUUGAUGAUGUAUAUUGCACUUGUUUUUUUUAGUUUUGAUGAAA